CCCCCUGUAGAGGGACAUGCCCGAUUCAACCCCAGCGCUGCCCCCGAAAUGCGCGCAGGCAGGCCCGCCGCGCCCUCGCUGCCCCCGCGGCCCGCUCUCCAUCGGCGGCCGAGCGAGGGGGGGGUGGGGGAGGCAGAGGGGGAGGAGGAGGAGGAGCACAAGGAAUGAGGAGGAGGACGAGGAGGAGGAGGAGGAGGAGGAGAAGAAGGAGAAGGCCCUCUCGGAAGGCUCCGGAGGCCCCCGGCCUUCCGAGCAGUGCUCUGCGCCUUCUCCAGGAAACCGUCUCAGAGGGCACGAGGGCUUCUGACUGUGUGGCAUCCUCGUUGGACCUCGUCUGUCCCGUCGCAGCCCUAUGCGCAUCUGAUCCACGUCGGACUCGUCGGAUCCGCGUCGGAUCCGUGUCGAAUCCGCGUCGGAUCCGCGUCGAGUCCGCGUCGAGUCCGCAUCGAGCCCGCGUUGGGCACAAGGAAAGACACCAAUCUUGGAGGACAGGCGAGGUCCCCCAAAGAUGCAACGUAACUUCUGAGAAGUC